GGGCGCUGGAAGCACGUGCCGGCCGACGCGGUGGACCUGGUCGAGCGGCUGCUGACGAAGGACCCUGCGAGCCGCCCAGAGGCGCGGGAGGCCUUGAGGCACGCCUGGCUGCAGCGCGCCGCGGCCGAGCCGCGGCCGCCGCCCGCGGCGCGGCGCGCGUUGCUGUCGCUGGGGCGCUACGCGGGCGCCUCGCCGCUGCGGCGCGCCGCGCUCCGCCUCAUGGCGCUGGAGGCCGCCCCGGGCGCCGCCGCCGACCUCCGCGGCGCCUUUCACGCCCUGGAUCUCGCGGGCGAGGGUGCGCUGUGCCCCCGGCAGCUGCGGCGCGCCCUGCUCGGCGAGGAGGCGCCCGCGCGCCGCCUGCUGCCCGACCUCUCCGCCGGCGAGCGGGCCGCGCUCUGCGACGCGCUGGGCGCGGCCGGCGGGGGCCCCGUGCACUUCUCGGAGUUCGUGGCGGCCUCGCUGGAUGUCGCCCCGGCGCUGGAGGAGGGCCUGCUGCUGUCCGCCUUCGGGCGCCUGGGCUCCGUGGGGCCUGGCGCCGUCGGCCUCUCCUGGGGCGCGGCUGGCGCGGACACG